AUGGAAGAUUUUUUCACAUUGGCUGGUGGUUUAGUAGAACAGGCGGAGGUAUGGCAAUACAGUGAGGAAGAUGCAGACAGGAUACAGUGGGCAUCAUCCACAUCUGAUUUACCUAAUACUACGUCCCUGAAGGAUAUAUACUUUGAAUUACUGAGACUAAGGAAACGGGAGACUGAUCUAGACCUACAUGGUCUUUUUUUGUCUGAAUAUCACCGCAAGUUGCAAAUCCCACGGGGUUUUCGUGUCAAGAAUAUCCCCACUAUUGGUAGAUUAAAGCCGCAGGUCUGCAAGCGUUGGAUUUCAGUUUUGAAUAAAUGUUCAUUGGACCUUAUGCUCAUCAUCAUUGAGGAUGUCAGAGAGGACCUAACUCAGGUGAGGAGAAGGAUCUCUGAAUUAGAAACAAGGCAGGCAGUAUUACUAUCAGCACCGGAAUCUGCAUCAACUUUAUUAAAACUGGAGGAUAACAUUAAGAAUUACAAGACAGACCUUGUUAGGUUUAAAAGAGAAAAACAGGAAAAGGUGACAGCUGAUUAUAAGGAGCAUCGUGUAUAUAGAUGGCUCAGUGGGAAGUCUGAUGUACCAUACUUCAUCAAGAAACGCAGACCUAUUCGUAAACCUAGACAGUAUACAAUAGAUAAAACCUCAGGAGAAUCCACCUCUGAGUCAGAGCUAGUGCACGAUUCAUUUCCAGUACGCAAACCUGGUAGCACAUCAGGUAUUGCACAACCUUUUUUAGAGACGGCAUCGGCAGAGGAAUUUCCUAUACGGACACGCUAUCAGUACAGACAUGUAACAUCAGGCGGAGACACAUUACUAGACGUGGCCAAAAGGGGCGCACCUUCUGGGGCAAGAGGGAGGCCACCCCGUCAACAGAGAUAGUCCCAAUUUUCAAUCUAUCUUCUAGACCCCUGACAUCGGAUGAAGUCCAAAUACUUAGUAGAGGAUUGUCAUUUGUCCCUACUUCUGGACCGAAUUCCCUGGAUUGGGAAGUGGAAUUAUACAAAUUUGGUCGGUCUUUGAGAUUGAAGGACUUUUUCAAGACUAAAACUACGGAUAUUGUCAACCCCAUGCAAAAGUUUCAAAAUAAAAGUACAUUUGAUCCCAUGCCCAAUCAGGCCUCUAUUAAAUCCUUUCUACGCUCAGUGCAUAAAGAGUCCACUGACCAUUUAAAGCAGAAUAAUCCACAUCAUUCAAAUUGUACCAAGAAUGAUUGGGGUAUUAUCAAAUCAUUGGCUGCCGAUAAAGAGAUUGUAAUCAGACCAGCCGACAAGGGGGGCGGCAUUGUCAUCCAGAACUAUUUGGAUUACCGCUCUGAAAUUUUAUCACAAUUGUCGGAUCAUAACACUUAUGUCAAAUUAUCUAAGGACCCUACAGAUCAAGUGAUCAAUCAUAUUGAGAAUUGCUUAACAAGAGGGUUGCAUUCUAAUUACAUUUCUAUGGAAUUAUACCAAUAUCUUCAAUCUUCUACACCUAGAACCCCUGUGAUCUAUACCUUACCUAAGGUCCACAAAAAUAUGGAUAAACCCCCAGGUCGCCCCAUUGUUUCGGCAAUUGGGGGCGUCCUGGAACCUUUAGCCAAGUGGCUGGAUUUUUUAUUUAAAGAAUCCAUCGAACACCUUUCAACAUGUAUAAAGGAUACUCCGAGCUUUGUGAAGUUACUAUCUGAGACUAUAUUGCCCCCUGGACCAGUGGUCCUAUUGACGUGCGAUGUGUCAAGUCUAUACACUGUGAUACCUCAUCAAGAUGGAAUAGAUGCAAUGAGAUCGAUACUGUCUCAGUCCAGGUACUACACAGGACCUCCUAUAGAGUUUACAUUGGAACUCUUGCAGAUAGUCCUUUCCCAGAACUACUUUAGGUUCGAGACAAAUUGGUAUAGACAAAUUGCUGGGACAUCCAUGGGGGCAGCCAUGGCACCCAUGUAUGCUAAUGGGUACAUGUUUUGUUUUGAAACCAGACAUAUUUUGGAACCCUAUCAAGGUCGUAUCCUAAAGUAUGCCAGGUAUAUCGAUGACAUCUUUAUGUUGAUCACGGGGUCCAUAUCUGAAGCAAAAGAGAUGGUUCGAUCUAUCAAUUCAUGUAACAACAACAUCAAAUUGACGGCAGUGAUGGAUGAAAUAUCUGUUGAUUUCUUGGACAUCAGAGUACUGCGUGAGGGGACGAGCUUGGCUUACACCUUAUAUUCCAAGCCGACGGACCGUAAUACAAUACUCCAGGCCAGUAGUUUUCAUCCUGGUCCAUUGAAAAAUUCACUACCCUACUCGCAAUUUUUGCGAGUCUUGAGGAACAACUCAGAUCCGAAAAGAGCCCAAGAACAAUUGGGCAUGAUAUGGGAGAAAUUCCGACAACGAGGUUAUAUGAGCAAGAUACUACAAAAAGCUCUUGAUCGAGGGUUGGCUACAGUUGGUACUCCUGUUCUGAAAACUCAGAACAAUAGAUUGAUUUUCCCUACUAUAUUUACUACAUCAUCCCUCAAAUUUAAACAAAUUAUUGAGGACAACUGGAGAGUAUUAAGAAAUGACGUGACAUUACCUCCAAUAUUUCAGAAUCCUCCUAUGUUCUGUUACAAAAGGAAUAAAAACCUGAGAGAUUUGUUAGUUAAUACCGAUCCAUUUCACUGCUAUUCAAAGGAUAGUACUCCACAGAAUUUGGGGUGUUAUCGCUGUCUAGGAUGUGUUACCUGUGGACACAUUAUCCCUGGAAAGACAUUUACACAUCCUCAUACAGGUACAAGUUUUCGAAUACAACACCGGCUAACCUGCACUAGUGACUUUGUGAUUUACAAGCUUAUGUGCCCUUGUGGCUUAACUUAUAUUGGAAAAACUGACCUACCAUUGAGGGAACGAAUCCGGAACCACAGGUCUAGUAUAAGAACAGCAUAUAGGGAUCACAAGUCAGAGCUACCAGUAGCGAAGCACUUUCUUGAACUAGGACAUACUUUGCCAUCUAUGAAAUUAAUGGCUAUCGAUCAUGUCCCUUUGCCUAGAAGGUGUGGCGAUCAUAAGAAGAUGCUCCUACAACAUGAAUUGUUUUGGAUAAGAACAUUACAAACGGUCCAUCCCGAUGGAUUAAAUGAAAAAUAUUCAUUAUCUGUGUUCUUGUGAUUUUGGCUAUAUAUAACCUGAUGUAUACUGAAAUUGGAGAUGGGGGCUCACCCGUGGGGUUAAGCCACCUCCAUGUAUAUUCAGUUUUGAGGAUGGUUAUUUUCCCUUUCUUUUCGGAUUUUGAAGUUUUUACCGGUCCACAUAGGACUACAACAUGGGUGCCCACCUUUUUGGGUGGAGUCACCACAUGUGUUCCUCACUGUGGGAUCCGGUUCUAUUCAUGAUUGUCUCUUGAGGUGAUAGGAUCCCAUUAUUAGUAUUUUACCUAAAAUAUGUUGGAUUCCAGCUGGUGACAGCAAUAUCUUUGUGCUUAUGAGGUGAUAUACUUUGGAGACCGGAUGAUAUGAAGUUGGGUAAUGAUGCCCACCCGGUGGGAUAGGCAUAUUCCCUUGAUGCCUCAUAGAUGAUGGCAAUAAGUUUAAUCAUCCUUGUCUGGUUUCAUAUAUCUUUUCUUGAUAUUUGCUUGUCUUUUUCCUCCAUGAUAGGUUGCUUUAUGAUACAGAUAGGGGGUGGUAUAAUUUAGGGAUAUCAGUUGUGCUUAUAUGUAUGCUCUUGUAUUAUAUCUAAGAGGAUAUUUUCUCACUUUUCUACUCAAUUUUUAACCUUCAUAAUAAUUCCCUCACUUACUUGAAUUCAUGUGUAUUGCCCUUUAAAUGGUAUAACUAUCAUAAAAUUUUUUCUAUAUUAAUGCAUUAAUAAUUCUUUUUCAAGUAUCUAGUUCCCUAUUUAACAGGGAUUAAUAUGGUAUUUGGGUUUACUAAUAUGUAUUCAUGCACACUAUUGUAUUUAAACUGAUUUAUAAGCCUUUUGUGUUUUUGUUUUUAGUGGUUGCUAUGGAGCUUCUCUCCAUAGCAAAAACCUCCCCAUGAUGCUGCCGGACGGGUGGUCACGUGAUGCGGUAAUGACGCCGGCGCUACGUGAUGACGUCAUUUUGACGCACGCAUUGACGUCGGCGGAACCCGUGGGAGACCCGGUCUGA